CCUGUAACCAGAGCAUGGAGAGUAUCAGCGCCUGGCGUGCCCUUUAACCCACUGCACUCUGGCCUGCUCUGGGAAUGACAUCACGGGUGGGAGUGACCUCAGAGCCGAGCAGUGUGCAGUGCUGAGUACAGUCCCAGCCAGCCGGUCUGUUAGCUGCACGCAGCGCUGCUUCUUUAAGAAGGCAUCAGGGCGCCCAUCUCUUUACAUUGUGCACCAUGGCUCGGAUACUGCGCAACCUCAGCACCCUUCUGAUGAGAGAGAGGACCUUUAAACCGGUCGCUGCUGUCAGGAUCGCAGCAAACAUGCUUCAUAACGAUGCUGGGUCACUUACGAGAUACGAUGAAUCGACUGUUUCUGUCGACUGGCAUAAGAAACUUACACCUGAACAGUACUAUGUGACCAGAGAAAAGGGAACUGAAUUGCCCUUUAGCGGAAUUCAUCUGAACAAUACAGAGGAAGGGAUCUAUCACUGUGUCUGCUGCAACUCCCCGCUGUUCAGUUCUGAAAAGAAGUACAAUUCAGGAACCGGAUGGCCUUCUUUUUCUGAAGCAUAUGGUGCCCAAGGGAUGGAUGAGAGUGACACAAAUGUUCUGAGGCGUCCAGAUAACUCGCUAGGAUCUGCUGGAACUGAAGUCAUUUGCAAAGAGUGCGAUGCACAUUUAGGCCAUGUGUUUGACGAUGGACCUUCUCCCACCGGUCAAAGAUUCUGUAUCAACAGUGUUGCAUUGACCUUCAAACCAAAUUAAAUCCUUUUUAUUUCAGGA